AUGGACGUCGACGCAGCCACCUUCCCGCACCAUCUCUUGUGGAUACUCAUCAACAUCGCCGAGGCGGAUUUCGUCUCAUUCGACUUAGAACUCUCCGGUAUCCCUUCCCGCAUCCAGGAUAAACCCCCGCGCGGCCCCGGACGUUUUACCAUGGAGGAACGCUAUGCCGAAACCAAGAUGGGAGCCGAUCGCUAUCAGAUCCUACAGGUAGGGAUUACGUGCGCAAGAUUCGACUAUAUAGCAAACAAGUACGUCUUACGCCCAUACAACAUCGAUAUCAGCCCAUUGUUGGAUGAGCGCAUCGACUUUGAGCGCGAGAUCCGGUUUCAAAGUGGUGCCUGCACCUUUUUGCUCAAAAAUGGCUUUGACCUUGGCUUGCCCUUUGCCAACGGCGUGCAAUAUUUGUCGCGACAAGAGGCAGACAAAGCAAAGCAGAUGGCGUGUGACCGUCUGGAGAAGAAGAACCCCGUACCCGACCUCCAGCUUAAGGAGGGAGAUGUCGAGUCUCUUGACUUUAUGCGUCGUGUCAGGGAAGCCAUCAACAAAUGGAAGACCACCACUUCGUCUGGUUUAGAUAUCACAACCCACACUGGGCUCCCUGAACGACCAAAAAUCCCAGUAAUAACGCGCUUUGAAAAGCGCUUGGUUCAUCAACUCGUGCGUGCUGAAUUUCCUGACCUAGUGACUAUGGGUCGCUCAGAAUGCGUUCGCAUCAUUCAGCUUGAUCCUGUUCGCGAAGCAGAAAAUAUGCAACGAAUGAAGAAUCGCGUCGACGAGUCCAUAUUGCGUCAAACUGGCUUUCGUUGGAUUUUCGAGGCUCUUGUCAAAGGUGGCAAUCUCAGUAGAACUGACCUCCUGUACGUUGCUCGGACGACAGGUAUGGCUCCAACGGCAGAUACAGAUGACACACGCACUCGUUUCGAUAAGGCCAUGGAGAGACUGAAGACCAAACAGCCAGUUCUUGUUGGUCAUAACAUGUUCACCGACAUUGUAUAUCUUUACCGCACAUUCGUUGGCGAGUUGCCUGACACAUUGAACGAUUUCCAAGACGCUAUACACGAGCUGUUCCCUAAAAUAAUCGACACCAAGUAUCUGGCCACAUUUGCCGAAGGCGAUCUCAACGCGUCACCUACUUUACAGGAUAUUGCACAAGGUCUCAGCAGCCAACCUUUGCCUGAUAUCAUCACUCAUGCCGAUCAUCCCAAGUACCAAGACAUUGAGGCUUUCCAUGAAGCGGGCUACGAUAGUCUGUUGACCGCCACCAUCAUGAUCAAACUGGCUGCUAGACUAGGCGUGGAAAGAGGAGAAAAGACACUCCCACCGCUUUUUCAAAACUCGGCCAAUGGCGCGGACAAUCAAUCCAACCCUACCACCAAUCAAAACGUACCAGAUUUUGUCAAGGACGGCCGGGAAAAAGUGCAAAAGCCAGUCCCGUUACCACCCGUCGAAAACCCAGAACCUAAGCAGUCCAAGAAGCAGCGGAAAAAGAACAAACAAGUCAGCAAGAAAGCAGAGCAAACAAGAUUCCAGACGAAAAAUGUCUUCGACGCCCUUAGCGAAAUGUCACUAAACCCAGAAACCGCGCCGUUGUCAACCGAUGAUGAGGAGGCAGAGCCAAUUGAAACAAAGGAAGACCACCAAAACGGAAAAUGGGAAGAGCAAACAUCUCAGUCUCCCGGAUCAUGGGAGAACGCUGCUCCUGUGCAGAACACCACAAGUUUGACGCCUCUCGAGCAAGUCGAACGCCAACCAAUGGAGCUCAUGCCCCAUUUCAAUUCCAAAUUCUGGGCCGAAUUCGGAAACACGCUUCGAGUCUUUGGCACUGAAGAAGCGGUCUGGAAGAUUGCCACUUGGGAAUCUUGAUUCGUCGGGAUACUUUGAACGUAACUGGAACAUACUUAUGUAUGUGUGUAUGUACGUGAGCGAAUGUAGCACAAAUGUUGGUAUUCAAAAAAAAUAAGGCAAAGAAAACAAAACCAGAUAUGCACCGGAAAUU